UGGGAAACCGAUGUAUGGCCUACUAGCGAGAGACAUCAAGCAAAGCUUUCGCCACGAAAUAGAAUAGAAAUCUCCUCAUGGCGGAACCCCAGGAGUCAGAGAAAACCUCGAAAAUCGUCUCCACGAACGACGUCGAGCGGGUCUUCGCGCGCUACGACGCCAACGGCGACGGCAAGAUCUCGCCGUCGGAGCUCGCCGACGUGCUGCGCGCCCUCGGAUCCGAGGUCUCCGACGAGGAGCUGAAAGCCAUGAUGGCGGAGCUGGACUCCGACGGCGACGGCUUCGUAACUCUGAAGGAGUUCGCGGCGUUCCACCGCGGGCUGGGCGGCGCCACGGGAGGCGGCGACGGAAGGGAGGGAGAGCUGAAGGACGCGUUCGCGAUGUACGAUCUGGACCGGGACGGGCUGAUCUCGGAAAAGGAGCUCCAUCUGGUGCUGAAAAGAUUGGGGGAGAAGUGCUCCGUCCAGGAUUGCUCCAGGAUGAUCCGGUCCGUCGAUUCGGACGGCGAUGGAAGCGUGAACUUCGACGAGUUCAAGAUGAUGAUGGCCAACGACGGGGAGAGGAAGGGCUCUGAAGUCGAUACAUCUCCGUUGCCGUCGCCGUCCUCCGGUUGAUGUGGGAUGUCGUAGUUCUAAUUUCUUUCACAAGGGUUAAAUUUCUCAUGUCAUUUUGAGACGUCUCUAUGGUUUAUAGCUUUGCUCUAAAAUAACUGCCUUCACCAUGUGUAUUUUGGGGUGCCCCUAAGAUUUGACUGAUUAGUUACAUGAAUGAAUGUUUGUUUCAAUACCUUCCCUUU